AGGAAGGAGUGCACAUAAUCUUGAAUGUAAAGGUGGAUUCCUGGGGCAGCUUAUUGCUUCCUUUCACUUUGACAUGAACCAAAACUGAGAUGAUGCAAGUCAGGCAUAAUACUGAGAAGAAAAAAGCCAAACGAAGGAAGGAAAAGAGUUCAAGGGAAAGUAAUAAAGAAAAACGUGUCAAAGUCCAGUCAGAACUGUAGAGGCAACAGCCAACACUUUUCGACAAUCAUGACCCAGACAUCAGCCCCAGCUGAAGAAAAAAGUUUUGCCUUUGAAGUUCCUGACAUCGUUGUUGUCGUCAUUUAUUUCAUCUUUGUCCUAGCUGUAGGAAUAUGGUCUUCUCUUCGGGCCAGUCGAGGGACAGUUGGAGGCUAUUUUUUGGCUGGAAGAUCCAUGACAUGGUGGCCUAUUGGCGCAUCAUUGAUGUCAAGCAAUGUGGGGAGUGGCCUAUUUAUUGGUCUAGCAGGCACUGGAGCUGCAGGAGGACUGGCCGUUGGGGGCUUUGAGUGGAAUGCCACCUGGGCACUGAUAGUCCUUGGUUGGAUCUUUGUACCAGUUUACAUCUCUUCUGGAGUCAUUACCAUGCCAGAAUAUAUGAAGAAAAGAUUUGGAGGACAAAGGAUUCAAAUCUAUCUAUCUGUACUAUCCCUCAUUUUGUAUAUAUUCACCAAAAUAUCGACAGAUAUUUUUUCUGGUGCACUUUUUAUCCAAAUAUCCCUUGGCUGGAAUCUCUAUCUCUCUACGGUGAUCUUGUUAAUAGUGACAGCUAUCUACACCAUAGCAGGUGGUUUGACUGCAGUUAUAUACACAGAUGCUCUACAAACUGUAAUUAUGGUACUUGGUGCUUUGGUUCUUAUGUUCAUAAGUUUUGAGAAGGUUGGGUGGUAUGAAGGACUGCAAGAGAAGUACAGUCAGGCAAUACCUAACAUCACUGUCCCAAAUACAACAUGCCACCUGCCACGGCAAGACGCUUUCCAUAUGAUGAGAGACCCAAUCACUGGGGAUAUUCCAUGGCCUGGGCUUCUGUUUGGCCUCUCGGUUCUUGCUCUCUGGUGCUGGUGCACUGAUCAGGUCAUUGUGCAAAGGUCGCUCUCAGCCAAGAACCUCUCUCAUGCCAAAGGUGGAUCAGUAUUGGGUGGAUAUUUGAAAAUCCUCCCUAUGUUUUUUAUUGUCAUGCCAGGAAUGAUUAGCAGAGCUCUUUUUCCAGAUGAAGUGGGCUGUGUAGAUCCAGUAAUCUGUGAAAAAGUUUGUGGCGCUAAAGUGGGAUGUUCCAACAUUGCCUAUCCUAAGCUGGUAAUGGAACUCAUGCCUGUUGGACUCCGUGGUCUCAUGAUUGCUGUGAUCAUGGCUGCCUUGAUGAGCUCUCUUACCUCCAUUUUCAAUAGCAGCAGUACUCUCUUUGCCAUAGAUAUCUGGCAGCGGCUUCGUAAGAAAGCUACAGAGCAAGAACUUAUGAUUGUUGGGAGGGUGUUUGUUCUGAUUCUCGUUGCCAUUAGCAUCCUUUGGAUCCCCAUCAUCCAGACAGCCAAUAGCGGUCAGCUCUUCGACUAUAUUCAGUCAAUAACCAGUUACCUAGCACCACCCAUCACUGCUCUGUUUAUCCUAGCAAUCUUCUGCAGGAGAAUCAAUGAGCCAGGAGCUUUCUGGGGCCUAAUGUUUGGACUAGUAGUGGGAUUUAUUCGAAUGGUUAUGGAAUUUAUUUACACAGCACCUUCAUGUGGUGAGGAGGAUCAAAGACCAUCUGUAUUGAAAGAUGUUCAUUAUUUGUACUUUGCUAUUCUUCUGUUUGGGCUCACAGUUGCUGUUACAGUUUUUGUGAGCCUCUGCACACCACCAAUUCCAGAAGAAAAUCUUGCCAGAUUAACAUGGUGGACUAGAUACAGUGAAACACCUGAAAAAGACAUGGAGAGUUGCAGCCAUCAAAAUACAGAACAUACUUCCCAAAAGGAGAAGGAUUCAGUAAUUUCGUCACUGGAGAACAUAGAUUUAACAGACAAAGAACAUGGCGAAGUGAAAUAUCCUUUCUGGAAAAAACUUUAUUUCUGGUUCUGUGGAAUUUCGGUCAAUCCCAAAUCCACUUUAACCAGAGAAGAGGAAGCAGCAGCUCAGAAGAAGCUCACAGAUAUCAAGGAAGAGCCAAUGUGGAAAGCUGUUUGUAAUAGCAAUGCCAUUAUUCUUUUAGCUAUCAAUAUCUUUUUAUGGGGUUACUUUGGAUGAGCUGAGUAAGCUCCUAAAGAAACUCAAAAGAUUAGGUUUAGUUUAAAAGAACAACACAAGCACUAGAUGAUAAAAAUGGGCAUUCCUUGAAGAAACGAAUUAUAAAUUGUUGUUUAGACCAGGGGUCUGCAACCUUAAACACUCAAAGAGCCAUUUGGACCCAUUUCCCACAGAAAAGAAAACACCGGGACCCACAAAAACCCUUCCCGUGUCUAACUAUUCCUUGAGCAGCCACAAAACUAGCAUAUGUAGUUGAAUUAAACUUUCUGUUUUCUUCUGAAACUUUUCUUUUCUUGGAUUUAUCCAUGGUUGGCCUACCGGGGGUUGAAAAGCUCAAUAAAUCGUGUGCUAGAGGGUAUUGCACAUUGGUGGUUGUGACGUAUAUUUUGAGCGACAGGGAGCCACAGCAGAGGGGGGAAAGAGCCACAUGUGGCUCCAGAGCCACAGGUAACUGACCCCUGGUUUAGACCAAUAAAUGGAGCACUAGUAAUGAUUUGUAACCCAAAGCCUGGCUUACUUUUAUUUGGUCUUUGGCCUAAUUUGAAAAGAUUGAAAACAGACUAUUCAGACUUGUACAAAAAGCAAGCUCUCCUUUUCAUGUCAGCUUGUAUUUUUAGCUUUUAGUUUUCAAACUGCGUAUUUCUGUCAGUGAAGUAAGAAACAGACUUGACUUACCUCAAAGGGUUUUUGUAAAACAAGAUAAACUUCAAAUAAAUACCAAAGGUGUUCUUAUAAGAGA